CUCUCUUUCUCUCUCUCUCUGCUCGCCCCCUUCUCCCUCCUCCACCUCCCCCCUCCUCCUCCUCCUCCUCCUCCUCCUCCCUCCUCUUCCUACCUGAUUCAGAUCCGCUCCGGCGCUAUGCGUGUGACCGCGUCUCUCUCUGCAAGGCGAGCUCCACCAGAGAGACCCGCACGCUGCUGCCUCUGCCGCCGCUGACCGAGAGACCCAGACGCCGGCUCAAGAGCCACCAGGGCCGGGAAACAGAAGCGGGAGACGCCGCCGCUUGAUGGAGGACAAGGUGGACGAAAUUACCGCGUAAAAAAAAGACUUGGCCCCGGAUAGAGUGAUCCGCAUCGUGGCGUCCCAUUCGUCAUCCUCUUCCUCUGCUUAGCCAAGCGUCCACGUCGCCAAGCUCCAGUCCUCCGUCUCUCCUUCCUCCUCCUACACUGAAACUGGCAAACUUUUCUUUCACACUUUUGUCUUCUCUCCCUCUCUGUCGUCUUCCUCCGUCUUUUAUUCCCUCCCUGACUGUGAGCGGGCCAUGGCGUCUAAACUGAACCCCAACGUCCUGUACGUGGCGGAGCCCGGCGAGCCGCUGGGGUCGCCGCAGGCCGACUCUGAGCGGACCCACAUUGCUGGAGAAGCUGGAGAAGAGUCAUCCGACAGCGACGGGGAACAAGAGGAGACGUCGCACAAGUUGAUCCGCAAAGUGUCGACCUCGGGACAGAUAAGGGCAAAGAAAAGUGUGAAGGAGGGGAUACUCUUAAAGCAGACCAGUUCUUUUCAGAGAUGGAAGAGGAGGUACUUCAAACUCAGAGGGAGGACACUCUACUAUGCCAAAGACUGCAAGUCUCUGAUCUUCGAUGAAGUGGACCUAUCAGACGCCAGUGUGGCCGAGACCAGCACCAAGAACAUCAACAACAGCUUCACAGUGAUCACUCCAUUCCGCAAACUAAUGCUGUGUGCCGAGAGCAGGAAGGAAAUGGAGGACUGGAUCGGCGCUCUCAAGUCCGUCCAGAAAUGGGAAACCUACGAGGCCAGCCAGUUCAACAUGGAGCAUUUCUCCGGGAUGCACAACUGGUACGCCUGCUCUCACGCCAGACCGACCUUCUGCAACGUCUGCAGGGAGGCUCUGCCAGGCGUCACCUCCCACGGCCUGUCCUGCGAGGUUUGCAAGUUCAAGGCUCAUAAGCGCUGUGCCGUCCGCUCCACCAACAACUGCAAAUGGACCACACUGGCCUCCAUAGGAAAUGACAUCAUUGAGGACGAGGAAGGGGUGUUCAUGCCCCACCAGUGGCUGGAAGGCAACCUUCCGGUCAGUGCCAAAUGUGUGGUGUGUGACAAGAACUGUGGCAGCGUGCGGCGGCUGCAGGACUGGCGCUGCCUCUGGUGCAAAGCCAUCGUCCACAACAGCUGUAAAGAACAAAUGGGGAAGGUGUGUCCCCUGGGUCAAUAUCGAGUGUCAAUCAUCCCUCCCACUGCACUUAACAGCAUCGACUCAGAUGGCUUCUGGAACGCCACCUCAGCGUCGUGCUCCAGCCCUCUGCUGGUCCUCGUUAACUCUAAAAGCGGAGACAACCAGGGGGUGAAGUUCCUCCGCAAAUUCAAGCAGCUCCUCAACCCGGCUCAAGUCUUUGACCUGAUGAACGGGGGACCAGAGCUCGGCCUGCGCCUUUUCCAGAAGUUUGUGACGUUUCGUAUCCUGGUGUGCGGAGGAGACGGCAGCGUGGGCUGGGUGCUCUCAGAGCUGGAUAAACUCAACCUCCAUAAACAGUGCCAGCUGGGCGUGCUGCCUCUGGGCACGGGGAACGACCUGGCUCGCGUGCUGGGCUGGGGGGGGCUCUGUGACGACGACGCUCAGCUGCUGCAGAUCCUGGAGAAGCUGGAGAGAGCCACCACCAAGAUGCUGGACCGAUGGAGUGUGAUGACGUACGAGGUGCCCACCAGCACCAAGCGCACCCCGACGGUGAAGGAAGACGACAGCCUCGACUCUCCCCUGCAGGUCCACAUCACUCAGUAUGCAGACUCCGUGGCCUCCCACCUCGCCAAGAUCCUGGACUCGGACAAACACAGCGACGUCAUUUCCUCGGCCAAGUUCCUGUGUGGGACGGUGAAUGAUUUUGUGGCGGAGGUGGGGAAGGCGUACGAGAGAGCCACGGAGAAUAAGGAGGAGGCAGACGCCAUGGCAAAGAAGUGCUCAUUGCUGAAUGAGAAGCUCGAUUCCCUCGUCAAGGCCUUAAGCGAGGAGGCGGAGGCUCAGGUGGUGCCAGCAGGUUCUGUGCCGAGCCAGGAGAGCGGCGACUCGAGCCCGAUCGAGAGCGGCGGUGAGUCGGGAUCAGAGGGGAAAACGUACCGGUCCAAGGAGCAGCUGAUGCUCCGGGCCAACAGCCUGAAGAAAGCCCUGAGGCAGAUCAUCGAGCAGGCGGAGAAAGGUACCAUGGUGGACGAGCAGAACCGACACACGCAGGUCCAGAGGAUGUCGUCCUCUUCCUCCAUCAAACGGGAGAACAGCGAGGAGCUGAAGGACGCCGAGCCACGUCCAGGAAGCUUGAGUCCCACCUCCCCCAUUGUCCUUGAGAAACCAGAGAGCGUCCACACGGUCACCUUCAGCGAGGACACUGUACAAUGCUCAGAGAAGUGUGUGAUGAACAACUAUUUCGGCAUCGGCCUGGACGCCAAGAUCUCCCUCGAGUUCAACAACAAGAGGGACGAGCACCCGAAGAAAUGCAGCAGUCGCACCAAGAACAUGAUGUGGUAUGGCGUCCUGGGGACCAAAGAGCUGGUCCAGAAGACGUACAAGAACCUGGAGCAGCGGGUUCAGCUGGAGUGUGACGGUGUCCCCAUGUCUCUGCCGAGUCUGCAGGGCUUGGCUGUGCUCAACAUCCCCAGCUAUGCAGGCGGCAUUAACUUCUGGGGCGGCACCAAGGAGGACAAUAACUUCGGCGCUCCGUCAUUCGAUGAUAAGAAGCUGGAGGUGGUGGCGGUGUUCGGCAGCAUGCAGAUGGCCAUGUCCAGAGUCAUCAACCUGCAGCACCACCGCAUCGCACAGUGCCGCCAGGUGAAGAUCACCAUCCUGGGGGAGGAGGGCGUCCCGGUGCAGGUGGACGGGGAGGCGUGGAUCCAGCCGCCGGGCAUCGUGGAGAUCACCCACAAGAACCGGGCACAGAUGCUCACCAGAGACAGAGCGUUCGAGAGCACCCUGAAGUCGUGGGAGGACAAGAGGAAGAUUGACAGCUACCGAGACAGCAGACCCCGCCUUAACUCGCAGCAGUCCAUGGAGUACCUGACGGAGGAGGAGUGCGCUCAGGUGCAGCAGCUGGGCAUCGUGGCCGACACGCUCAUUAACAAAAUCCGUGAAGCUGCCAAGACCCACAAGCUGGUGGAGCAGGAGCUGGCUCAUGCCGUCAACGCCACGGCGGCGGUGCUCACCGAGGCCAAACUGUCCAGCCCUGAGGGUUUGAGUCGCAGCACGGCGGUGGAAAUCGUGAACAGCAGUAAAGUCCUGCAGGCGGAGACCAGGAUGCUGCUGGAUGGAAAACUACUGUCGGAGUCUCCAGAGGAAGAGGAGCUCCGGUCGACCCUGAACAGCCUCAGCGCCGAGCUCCACAAGCUGGACGACAUCCACUGGAUCUGUCCGCUCAUGCAAUGCUCUGAGGAGGACUCGGUGAGGGGCAGCAGUAAGAGCAGCAGCAGCAUGAAGCUGAAGAUCAUACCCAAGGUGAAGAAGGACCGAGAGAAGCUCCACAAGCAGAAGUCCAACAGCUCCCUCUCAGGAAAUUGGGAAAUCAAAGGCGGGGCAGUUGAAGCUGACUCCUCGGGCAAUUAAAGUCCUGCAUUGAGGUGCUUAAACACUGCCCACCCUGUGAUCGUGACACCCAGGGGUGAGGAGCACCCCCUUCCUGUCCUCCUCCCCUCUUACUGCGAUACCCAGUGGCCUGACAGAGGUGCGAGGGAGGAAAGGAAAACCAUCUUCCCAACUUUUACGCAUCUUCCUCCCUGCUUGUUUCCACUCCGCUCUGCAGGGAGGGGUUUUGUUUCCUUUUUUGUUUUGUUUCUUCUAUUUAUCGAUUUUGAAAGAGGGGGCUGGAUUUGCAUCGCAUUGCUCCACCAUCGGCGUUCGUCACGUGGCCGGCGGCAAAUCAAACUAAGAUCGAGGGGAGGCGUGAAAUGAGAGCGAUCUCGCAUACGUUGGGUUUUUUUUGUUGACAAAGAAUUGUGUUUACGUGGUGAUCUCCGUGCAUGUCGAGUGCAGCCAUGUUGUUUUAUUUCUAUCAGUUGUUACAAUCUUCUAAUUCUUUUUCCUCUCUCUAACUUUAUUUCCGAACAGCCUUUGAGAGACUUUCGAAAGAGUAUUUAUUUCUCGUUGCUACUGCCAUGAGAACUCAAACGGCAACAAACUGAACAAACAUCUCAACCUUAUCAUCUACUGAACAGGGGUGUGUGUGUGUGUGGGGGGGGGGGGGGGGGGAAUAUCUUUAAAUGUUGCAAAAAAAAUGUACUGAGGAAUGUACUCGUGUGGACUUGUAUUAACCUGUGAAUAUUGUUCAAUGAUAAAUCAUAUAAGGUUUCACAAAGGUUCUGCUGUUGUGGUUCUAAAGUGGUUCUUAAUAGGCUGUUGUCUGACUUGUGUGAUCCGAGGCUUUUAGUACGAGUCAUUUCAUCUGGAAAUCAGCCUUACAAAGUUACUCGCGUGGGUGUCAAACACGCUCAUCCCAUUGGUUUUUAAAGAACGUUUUUCAGUACAGCACCAGGUGAAAUGACUCAGUAAGUGAUUUUUUUUUUUGCCAGUGGAAGGAGGAAGCAUCAAGGAAACAUUACAGUAUAAUACUUUGCCAUACUCCUGAUUGUAUAUGUCAACAAAAAGUACUUGAUUUUGCCUCGUCUGUGGUUAAAGCUACUAUGAAUAUA